AUGAAGUCUGCUCUCUUCUUAAUCGCCAGCCUUGUUUCUCUGGCUAUGGCUGCUCCAAUGGGCCCUGACGGCCCAUGUGCACAGGCUAAGGUCGAUGCUAUUCUCAACGGUAACAUGCAACCGGAAGAGUGCUGCUCGUACGGCAAAUGCAAGGGUCAUGUUGUCAUAGCCGUCGGCGAGUAA